AUGCCAACUCCUGUUUGCAAGCAGAACAACAUCCCCCUGGACACCCAAGGUAACGCGGUCGUUACCACCCCUGAAGCUGUUCCUGACCAGUUCCUCUUCCUGUUCUACACCAACCGCCUGGGGUUGUACCCAUUUGUGGAUGAGGCCACCAAUAAAGAGAUCAAUGGAGGCAUCCCACAGAAGGGCAACCUGACGGCCAGCUUAGAUAUAGCCCAGUGGGAUGUCGCCCACUAUAUGCCUUCAGAAACCUCCCUUGCUGAGAGCAAGCUGGCUGAGGACCUGGUCCACACUCUGGGUGAGAAUGCAGCUGUAGGGGCCUCAGGUUCAGUGCUCUGGGGUGGCAGUGCAGAUUUCCAUGACAAGGCAUCAUGUGAGGCCUUAUCCUCCUACCUGACCUCCACCUUGAACCCCUACAUCGCCAAUGUGACGGCAGCUUCCAGGCUCUGCAGCGAGUCACUCUGCCAGGGUAACGGGCGCUGCAUCCGGAAGGACUACAACUCUGACGUCUACCUGCACCUGAAUCCUGCCAGCUUCUCUGUCCGAAAAUCCAACGGGAAGUACGUGGCGGUGGGCAUUCCCACCCUCUCUGACCUCACCUACUUCUCCGAUCACUUCACCUGCCAGUGCUACGCUGGGCUGAGCUGCUCGCCCCGGAUAGCGAGCGAGCUCCCUAUCGAACCCGUGGCCAUUCCUGUGUAAC